AUGCCUCGCGCACCCGCACGAAUCUGCGCCGGCAGCCGUCGAGGUUCGCCAUACACCAGACGCACAACAACUAACACACGUAUGGCAUCCAACAACUAUUCACUGAGCAGCAAAACUUGGUCUGCCACCAAGCUCCCGAAUGAGAUCAAGCACAUGAUUGCCGGCUAUCUUCCCCAGCAAGCACUUUACCAAAUCGCCAAGUGCUCAACAAACUGGGCAGACGUUGCACUUCCCAAGCUCUACGAGGUCGACGCACGCUCCGGAAGCCCGAAAGCCAUCAAAUGGGCAGCUAAAAACUGUGAAUCCAAUCCCCAGAUCGCUCUCAAGGUCUUGGCAAGGUCCGUCAAGUACAAUGGGAAUGUAAAUGCUGUUUAUACCGACGACGGGGUUCAUGCGACAGCCUUGCACUUCGCAGCGGCUUAUGGCCAACGAGAAUUCAUCCAAGAACUACUGAGACAGGGAGCCCGCGUUGAUACCCUGAGUUCCAGCUACGAGCUGGCCAGGGGACUCGGAAUACCGAUUCUGAACGACAACUUGAACAACCAGUUUAGCUGGCUCGAAAAGUACGACGGCGAUUACGAGUGGUCACCUCUCGUGAUACCAAUCCUCAAAAACGACGUAGAGACAGCCGAGCUGCUCGUACGUGCCGGAGCAUCGGCCACCGUGAUCGAACAUCGAGAUAACGCUUCUUUCUUCAACGGCUUGCCAAUUGUCACAGUUUACCACCUUCUUGCUCACGCUGCGCCGCGCGACGCUGCUGGGUGGACGCAUGUCUUCGAUAACGACAUCCACAGGACGGUUUUGGAUGUCCCCAUGCACAAUUUCAGCUCAGCACUCAACACUGCGGUACGAAACGAAAACGGUCCCAUCUUCGACAUGCUCAUCAACAUGGGCGCCGACCCCAACGUUCCAACUGUCUGGGGAGGCAGUGCGUUGGUAACGGCGGUUGAAAAAGCGUUCGCGCUGGACCUCACUGUUCCUCGAAGAAAAACCAUGAUGACGUGGAUGCUGCGACUUAUUCAAGCUGGCGCCGAUGUGAAUCCAACAGGUCCUGCCCGAGAGUCACCACUCAACUGCGCACUCAAAUUUUACGCCACAACAAUCAACGCUGUAGAACCGUGUGUGAAGAAGGUGAUUGAAAUCCUCGUGGAUAAUGGAGCCGAUAUCAAUCGCAGGGGAUCCAACGGCGAGACCAUUCUACACACAUACUGCCGUUCCAUGUUCUGUUUCCAGCAACUGAGAUAUUCGUCCUUGGAAACCAUGUUGCGCUACCUGAUAGCUAAGGGAGGAGACGUGAAUGCCCGGCAACGACCUGGACAUCAAUCUCUCAUGUUCCUAUCAAUCCGAAAUAUCCUCCUGGCAGGAAAAGUUACACCAUUUCACGCGACGCUACGACAGGCCGGGGCAACCCUCUGUCCACAAGAAGUGUCCCUUGUUUUUCACACCUGGGUUAAACGCCCUUGGUUUCGAAGAGUCAGGGCCUAUAACAUCUUUCAUCAUCGGCAACUCCUCAGACAGGGACAGAUAAACUCGGCAUGGAUCGAGGGUAUCAAAACAAAUGACGACAAACUCUGCAAGACUUUGCAAGACCAAGGGCUAACGCCAGCAAAUCACGGCUAUUUGCUGCAUCAAGUUAUAAGUGGAAGAGUCAAUAAAUUCUGGCCAAAAAUCCCGGAUAUGGGCUUCGACGCCAAUUGCACCAAUAACGACGAUCUUGGGAGUUUCCUCCACACUCUGGUGCGCCAAGUCCAGAAACAGGAAUCAACAGAUGAUGAUGACAUAGAUGAUGACACCAUCAGCCCAAGGCUGGCAGUGGAAAUUGCCAAAACAUGCAUUAGGAAGGGCACAUCAAGCUUGAUUCGGGAUUGCCAAGGGAAGCUGGCUUUGGAUUUGCUGUCCGAGGGCCACCCGAAGCUACGAGCCGUUCUGCUUGAAGCUUAUUACCAGGAGACGAAAUCAACGUUUACAUGA